ACGAAAAUCAGGGGGAACAACGAAGCGCCGGCGCAACGUCACCAAAAAUAGCCCGCGUCCGGAAGGCGCGGAAAACGCACCAAAAGAUACCGUCGGGACGCCCUCGCGCGACGCCACGACUUCGGAUGUCAAACGGAUCAGAAAAUCAGCGAGGAUCGCUCAUGAUCAGAUAAUUAGAGUUUCGGCGAGAUUUUUUUCUCCUUCCCUUUUCAAGUUCAACGAAGUUUUUUUUUUUUUAUUACCUAUGAACCGAUAACAAUUGCGAUCGAGGACGCAAUUGUUAUACACGUUUCAGAGAACGCGGUAUCUCAAUGAUAGUAAUGGCUGCAUUUUUUAAUUGGUUUGAAACCACCGAAAGAUGAAAAUUAUAGUGAUAUAAGUUAUGUAAUGAUAUAGUUUAAAAAUAGAUUAAUGUCAAAAGGAAGAGAAAAAAAACAGUUGUUAUUUUUCGUCCCACGGUACAAUAAGUAUAUUGAACGUACCACUUGACAUAACUCGGUCAAUGUGACGAAAAGAGAAAAUAAUCGAGGAAAAUAAUACAUCUUAUGUGUUCGUCUUUUACUUUUUAUUAAUAUUUUUUUUUUUCUGCGGUAACCGAUGCGAUGUAUAUGUAUGCAUUUUUAACGGUCAGGACAUAACGGUAUUCGUAUAAUUUAAUGCCAGAAAAUUUUAUAAUGUUUUAAAAAUAGUCGAAGCUUGCAACGCCCCGACGCGUCGCAACUCUACCAUAUAUCUACAUAAGUAACUACACCACAGAACCAGUUGAAGAAAAAUAUUUACGCUGUUGAAAUAAAUGACGAUUGCAAUUUUUUUUCUCUUCUCCGUCCUUCCACCGAUCUGUGAGUAGAAUUAUAAUUAUUAAACUGCCGAUUUAUUGCACGUGAGGCAGGCAGAUACUUCAAUUAUCUUCAAUAUUAGUGUAUUAAUUGUAGAAUGGAUUGGUCUCGGGAAGUCUGGGGUUCGUGUAUUUUGUAUGAUUUUGCAUAGAAAUUCCUGAUUAUGAUCAUCAUUUUGCGGCGCCAACUUUUCAUUUACAUUCCUGACACUAUGUAGAGUAAAAGAAGCGUUCACGAACACCUAUACGUUGUAUAGUGAGGAUUGAAAAUAUUUGGACUUACGGUAGUCAAAAAUCAAUGUUUAUCUUCGUCUACUACCGAAAAUAUCACGUAAAUUAUAAUACGUGUAGACACGCUCACGGCUCUGCUACGCGGAGGGUAAAAAUAUUUUUUAUGUGAAAAAAAACCAGAAGAAAAAUUUCAAACUCAUACGAAAAGUCGUCGCUGAGGCGCUCGGUCAGUUGAAACAAAAUAUGACGUGAGGUGAACAAUCCUCAGAUUUUCGCGAAAAAAACAAUCGAAAUUCAACUUAUAAGUUUAAUAAUUUUUUCGUACGAGCAUCGUGAAAUUCAUAAAAAGCUAAAAAUGGCGGUGCGACAUAUCAAUUCCCAUCCAGCAAACGUAGUUUGACUCGUGCUGGUUUCAAUCGGUUCGAUAAAAAUGUAAUUGUUGGUAAAAUCUAUUCUCAAUGGUAAAAUGACAAGUAUCAGAAAUAAAUGCCUGAAGAGAAGUAUGAGCUUUUUCAUCGUUUCGUAAUCCUUUGCCCUAUAUUUAAUUCAUAUUACUUAUAGCUCCAUCUCUGCUUGCACGAUCGUGGCUCAGGGGCGCGAUCUGGCGAGAAAGUAAACUUUUGAAGAGCUUUUGAUAGAUUUGAAUUUCUUUAAAAUUUAAAAUGAUCAAUCGAACGGUGACUUUCCCGUCACGCAAUGCAACUAUCAACUGAAAUUACGGUGAUAGAAAUGCGAGAUUACACGAUAGCCGUAAUAACAUCAGCGUCUAUUGAAAGCUUGAAAAAAUUCCAAACGCAGACAUCAUGUCAGUUUUACAGGCUGACUCGUUUCGAUCGUACAAAAUAUGAAAUCGGCGUUUAUAGAAAAAUCGCUAUAAACAGUUUUUCGGAGAUAAACUUUGUCCUAACUGUUUAUAUCGGUCGGCCGAAAUGAGGGUGCUACCGAAACGCUAUGAAAAAUCCAUUUGGAAAAUCAAGUCGAUCGUUUACCUCUUUAAAAUCUUCGGAUUGGCGCCGUUUUCGGUCCAAAUGAAAGCUGUUUCAAAUGACUCUGAAUUGAUCGGCAGCAGUACGGGAGCGUUCGUAUUUUCGAAAUUCGGAUUAGCCUACAACGUAUUGCUUCUGAUGGGAUUCGGGAUAAUUGUCGGAUGUAUACCGAGAACACUUUUUCCCGCUAUAGACGAUCCCAUCCAUUAUUCAAUACACCUUGCACUGACAGCUGAAACUCUAUUCGUUGCUUACGUCGUAAUAUUUUGGUGGGCAAUAAAACAGAAAACCGGCGUUGAAAUUACGGAAAGACUUUUAGAAAUCGACGUGACGCUUUCCGGGCUGAAAAAUUGUUUGUCUAAUAAAAUAACGUCGUUAACUUGGAUCGCUCAUAUCGUCAUCAACGGUUGCUUAUGGGGUGUGUUGUGGAAGCCGCUAGCUACGCAAACGACAAGCGCGGACUUAUUAAAAUUGUUUUGGAAAAACGAACUGCACAUUAUCUCGUGUUGGUUCAUUUUGCAGUACGCCAUAGUCGUCGGUCUGGUAUCUAAAGAACUUGCGAUGUUGAACGACAAUUUGAUUGAAUUUAAAGAAUUUGAAAAUAAUUUUUUAACCGGCACUUCACUUCUAGACUAUCGUUAUCCAAACAACCGGAAACAAUUAGCCGCUCUGAGAAGACUUCACAAGAUUCGCGUUACAAUUUCCGAAGUCUGUAGGGACUUGAUAAAUUUUUUCUCACUACCGAUAUUAAUGUCAAUUACACAUUGCUUCUGCUACCUUAUUGGAAGCAGUUUUUACCUGGCGAAUUAUAUCAUCGAAAAUGGCUCGCUCGUAGGUUUGCAACGUACGGAUAUUAUAGCGCUGAUACUCAUAAGUAUCUAUUCCUGUUAUUUUCUUUUCUCAAACGUCGAGGAAACCGUGCAAGAGGCUCAUCUCACCGGGCACAUCAUCCACAAAUUAUUACUAAGAACAAUGACGGAUGGCGUCAGAUCAGAACUCGAGCGAUUUUCUAUUUGCUUGCUACACGAAAAUUUCGUCUUCACGGCAUAUGAUUUUUUCUCAUUAGAUUUCACGCUGCUCUAUUCGGGGUUCACACCAACAGCACUCGAAAAAUCUAACGGGCUGAAGAAACGAUUCCAAAUUACGAUAAAAUCGGAAUUUUUCAGAUCGAGUUGUCUAAUUUUUCCUUUUUUCAAAAUAAAACGAAUAAAAAUGCGUCCGAAAAUUUAUAAAUUUCCCACAUGGGUCACCACGGCGAUAGUUUACGUUUUCAAAUUUCAUGGAUUGGCCCCGUUUCGUUUUAAUUCAAAAAUCGCAGUAAAAACCUCUGAACCGGCCAGUAGCGCAGGGAUAUUUUCACCUUCGACAUCCGGAUUGGUUUAUAAUUGUUUAAUAGCAACGGGAUUGAUAUUCGUGGAAAUAUUUGCGGCGCCGAAAUUCUUCGCUAAGGAAUUUCCGCGCGUUACUCGAGCAAUGGGAAUUUUCGACGUGAUACCAAGUCUUACCUCUCUAACACUAGCUUCUGUCAUAAUCCUUUACUCCGGACUAAAACAAACAGCCGCUUCGGGUAUAAUGAAUAAAUUAUCAGAUAUUGAAAUUUUACUUUUCACCGUUGAAAACCAGCUAGACCCGCAUCGUAAAAAAAGAGUGACAUCUCUGGCAGUGCCGAGUGUUCUCAGUUGUUUUAUGUGGACUUCGUUGUUUUUGAGUUUAAUUACAGUAAGAGGACCGACGUAUAUAUUCCAUGUUUGUAACACUUUGGCUGGCACAGUUAUGUACUGGUUUAUUGUACAGUACUCGAUCGUUGUUGGUCUGACAGGCAGUGAAAUAGAAAAUUUAAACUACAAACUAUCCACCUUAAAGGCUUUCAAAUGUGGUCGUCCGUCACCUGCGUUGUUCACAGAAUCUUCGGUUUUCAAACAAAGAAAUAAUUAUAAUUUCAGUCCCCUAUCCGCUUUCAAUUUGAUUCAUAAAACUCGUGCUAUGCUGUCCGAAGUUUCUCGCGAUAUCGAUGAAUAUUUUUCUCUACCUAUUUUACCCUGUAUAGCAAUCAAAUUUGUGAACAUACUUGGCAAUGUUUAUUUUUCAAUUGCUUACUACUCACUAGGAAAGGGUUCACUGACAUUUGACUCGGGUGUGCGCUUGAUUUCGUAUUUGGUAAUCGCGAUCUAUCCGAUCCACUUACUAUUUUCAAAUGUCGUGAAUACCAUUAAACAGGCCAAUUUGACCAGACAUAUUGUCCACAGAUUGUUGUUAACUGCAACGACGCAAAGCGUCAGAGAAGAGUUGGAACAUUUCUCGCUUUGGUUGUUACACGAAAACAUCAAUUUUUCAGCACAUGGUGUUUUUCCUCUAGACUUUUCGCUGCUUCAUUCGAUUCUGGCGGCAAUAGCUACUUACCUAGUAAUUUUACUUCAGUUUCAGUAAACCGAUACUGAAUUAGACACUAGCUUUCAGAUAUGUUUCAGAUACUUGGAAAACUUGAGAAUUUUUAAAUAUAAAAUUUAUCUUAUGACACAAGUGACGGAAAUUCAUGAAUAAAUCUGUAAGGGAUAUGCAAUCAAUAAAUGCGAAUAUCAUUAAAGGUUCGUUUGUCUUUCUCUCGGUUCGGUUGUCAUUUUUUGUCUUUCUCUCUAGACACACCUAAUUCUGAUAGCAAGAAAGGCUAGCAUUUUUUAUAUUUGCAUGAAGCUAUAUAUUAGAAGAGUGUGAUCCAAAAAUCAAACAAUCUCAAACACAAUCUACGCUUGUUUUAGUCUCGAAGAUUACAAACCUUUCGGAAAAUUUAUGUCUCAGUUUUGAAAUGAAGUUGAUUAAAAACUAUUAUUCGCACAAUUUCUAAAUCAAUUUCCUUUUGAUCUUACUUCAAAAAUGUCUAUCGAUCCAAAAUCUUCAUUCAUGAAUAAUAGCAAAGGACAAAUCUACUCAGGUAUAGAAGGAUCAACUUACAAAGAAAGAUCUAAAAGAUCAACGUAUCGUACCGAGGAUAUCGAGCAAGAUAAAAACGUAAAUUUGCGUUUAUUUAUUUAUUGUACAAGAAAGUCAUACUAACUCCUAAAUUAUUUCUGACUACCGCACGAUACAAUAAUAACUUAUUAACAUAACGUAACGUAACGUAACGUAACGUAACGUAACGUACUAUCAUACAUGCAUGCAUAUCGCUUGAAUAUGCAGUAUAACGAUUUUUAUGAUGACAAUAACAGUAACAAUAAUAAUAAUACAAAUAAUAAUAGUGAUCAUAAUAACAAUAAUUACAAUAAGAAUUAUGCGCAAGUAUACAAUAUAUACAAAAGCGUUUCGCCUCACUUAAAACAGACGUUGAUGUCUAGUUUUGUGCCAUAUACAAAUGGACUGUCUUUUUUGCAAUCAUAUAUUCGUUAGGAGGUAUUUUAAUUAAAAUAUAACAUACAUGUUAUAUUCUAUUUUGUAUAUCAAUUAAUUAAAAUUAUUUACGGAUUAGUAAGCACGCACACUGUCUUUUAUGAUAGGUAUCUGUUAUUAUUGUAACUGAAAAGAUAUAUUAUCUGUUUUUUUUUUCUGUUUGUUUUUGUGGUAUUUUUUUCCGUUUUUUCUUUACAAUUAUUGA